CAUGUCAGUGUCGGAGUGGCUGUACCCAGCGGCCCAUCCGGGCACCUACCCGCACUACCCGGCACCCUUCACUGCUCCUGGGCACCUGAGCCCGGCUGCCACGCCCAGCCCCCAGUGCCAGCCGGCCCUCACAGCCUCGCCCGGAUGGUCAUCCUCACUCACCACCUCAUACUCCGAAGGCCGUCCGAGUCCGUCCUGCUCUCCCAUGAGCAGCUGUGGGAGUCUCGAAGUCGGAUCACCUCGUUCCUGGACAGUUAGCGGCCCCGCGUCAUGGUCGUGGGGCGCCCCUGGCACUACCCACCCGCUACUGGCCGCCGCCGCCGCGGCAGUAGUCAGCACCUCGUCAGAAUCAUCGGUGCCGUCAGCGUGCCGCCAAGCCAAGUGCAGAAGGAAGCCGCCGAAGUCCGUUGGUCGGGACGUGCUGAAGAAGCGACGACUCGCGGCUAAUGCGCGCGAGCGGCGCCGCAUGAAUGGAUUAAACGACGCCUUCGACCGUUUACGCGAAGUGAUCCCGGCUCUCAGUGGUGACCAGAAACUGUCCAAGUUCGAGACCUUACAGAUGGCUCAGACAUAUAUUGCUGCCUUGGCCGAGCUCCUCCACUAGGUGCCUUGGCCGAGCUCCUCCACUAGGUGCCUUGGCCGAGCUCCUCCACUAGGUGCCUUGGCCGAGCUCCUCCACUAGGUGCCUUGGCCGAGCUCUUCCAUUAGGUGCCUUGGCCGAGCUCCUCCACUAGGUGCCUUGGCCGAGCUCCUCCACUAGGUGCCCUGGCCGAGCUCCUCCACUAGGUGCCUUGGCCGAGCUCUUCCACUAGGUGUCCUGGCCGAGCACCUCCACUAGGUGCCUUGGCCGAGCUCCUCCACUAGGUGCCCUGGCCGAGCUCCUCCACUAGGUGCCUUGGCCGAGCUCGUGCUUCAGGUGUCGGCGCCGAACAGCCACGUCUUAAUUAUCUAGUCAGAGAUCUACUCACCUGAAAAAAUAAGAAUCUCCAUAGCAAUCAAAUAUUCAAAGCCGAGUGCCCGGCCAGGCACCCUGUUGACUCGUCGUGCCCAACGCUGAGUGUAAGUGUCAAGUGCCACGAUCACAACUCUCCGUCUGUGUCAUUCUGUGUCAUACGCUAUCUGGGAUAACAAGCUCCCCGAAGCUGUGGUGGAGUUGGACGAGCGGGAUGCGUGCAGUAGUAGUAGUGGCACUGGUGAGAGUGACGUCUGUGGCACUGGUGAGAGUGACGUCUGUGGCACUGGUGAGAGUGACGUCUGUGGCACUGGUUAGAGUGACGUCUGUGGUACUGGUGAGAGUGACGUCU